GCAGAAAGUUUCUGCCCUAAGAUAUUAUAAUCACCACCUCCCACCACUAUCCCUGAACAUCUCUCUCUAUAAAUAUCCACCAUAGUCCUACUAUUUUCAUCAUCCAAACGACAAUCCAUUUCCUCAAACUUCAAGGCAAUAGCAUCAACUACCUUUUUUUCACCUCUUCCUCUCCCUCCUCUAACCAGUCCAAAAAUCAGGCUCAAACACCAAAAAAAAGAGCUCAUUCUGUAACAAGAAGAAACUGUUUUUUAUCAAUCAAAUACCACUCCAAUUUUUCAAACUUCCAUGUCAAUGACAUCAACUUCCCUUUGUUCUCCAUUUCUUACUCUCUCUCCUCCUCCAAAAACUGGGUUCAAACACCCAAAAAGAGUUGCUUCUGCAACAAUUUCUGCAUCAAGAAGAGAAUCCCAUGAGCACAAUAAUGGAGGCAGGAUGGUUGAUGAGAACCUAAUCAUUCUCAGGAAGAGAAUCCACGAAAUGAAGAUGAUAGAAAGGAACUACGAGCCACCUUCGGACUGGAUGGAUUGGGAAAAGAGUUAUUAUGUGAGAUAUGAUUCAAUUAUCUGUGAAGCCAUGGGGUUUCUACAAUCACAGUUGAUGAACACAAGGCCAAGCUUGGCUUUGGGAAUGAUAGCAGUGAUUGCAUUGAGUUUGCCCACGUCCAUGGCUGUGGUUAUGGUUUAUUUGGCGGAGAGUAUGAAUUGAAUUAUUACGUGACAUUAUUAAUUAUUAAUAUAAUAUUACCAUUACACUAAAUAUUUCCUACCUAUCUACCCCUCUCAAUCUUAC